GUGAGGGUCAUCAUGAUGGUGGUCAUGAUGCUGGUGAGCUAUUUCCUAGCAUUCAUGACUACGAUCUCAACGAGGAGGAUCUCCUCAGCUUUAUGGAGCAGAACGAUAUCGAGCGGACUGAGGAGGCUCAUUUUACUGGGAAUGAACAACCCCAUGCUGAUGCUAAUGCUGUUGAGGAGGAGGAGGAGGAGCAGGUUCAGGGGAAUGAGAAUCCCCAUGCUGAGCAGCGUCCUGCUCCCAGACGUCAAGCUGGUUUUGAUGUGGAAUUUGAGGACUCUGAGGGGAACAGGUCUUAUAGGAAGCUGACAGUCAAAGAGCUGUCUAUGAUGACGAGCGGACGAGUGGUUGUGCCGCUCAAUGAAUUGGGCCAACCGACGAAGAAAGGUGGCCAGUUGUAUAACAAGUAUGUGCACCUCCUUGGUCAGCAGUGGAUGUUGUUCCCCAUCUAUGUGCAGGACUGGAAGAAGAUCAUCUUAAAGAAGAAGCAGCAAGGUUGGGAAAUGAUGAAGAGUAAAUUUAUAUUGGGAGAGGAGUUGAGGGCCGACACAAUCAAGAGGCUUGGGGUGGCAUGGAAGAACAGGAGGGCCGACCUGUGGAGGGAGAGGAAAGGUGACGGGACGAGGCCCUUACAGGAGAUAUUGGCAGAUGUACCUGGUGGAGUCCCAAAGCAAGACUGGUUUAGUUACGUCUAUUUUAGGAUGUCGGCUGACCAGAGGGCUCUUUCUGCGAGAAAUGCUGGAAGCGGGGAAAAGACGCAGCAGGAGCGGGGAUACACGCCCACUUAUGGUGAGAUGUGGCCGAUUUUGUAUAGACCUCGAGACGGGCGUGCGUCGGAUGAGGUUGAGAAGAUAGCGACACGGAUGACUCAUGUCGAUACCAAGCUGCAUGAGUCUCAAGGGUCUGCCUUGGAUCCCACCGCCUCACUUUUAGUGGGUUGUGGCCGGACGCAGCACCCUAAUCGAGUUAGCGGGCUCGGACUUAGACCUACACCGACUAGGUUGUCCUGCUCAGGUGGUGCUGGCCCUUCAUAUACUGCGGAGAGCUCUCUGAGCACGGGAGCGAAGCGGCCGAGUUCCUCAUCCUCAGAGGAGUUGCGAGAGGAGCUUAGACAAGAGUUGGAGGCCAGCAUGAAGGCCAGGGUGGAGGCUAGGAUCAGGGAGCGUGAUCGUCAGUUGCAGGAGCGUGAUGCUCAGUUCCAGUUGCAGGUUGACCAGUUUAAGGCAGCUGUUACGGCUAUGCGUGAUGUGCUGAUCAGUAUGGUUCCAAACAUCUCGAUUCCUAAGAUCCCCGACAUACACCUACCACCAGUCCCGCCCUUGCCCCCUAUCAGCCAGUCCAGUCCCAGCACGUUGAGCAGCCUGCCCACCCCCAGCAGGAGGAUCCAGCAGAGGACGAUGACGAUGACGCUGCUUCUGCCCCUACCCCUGAUUUCCCCUAUUUUCAUUGUAUAG